UGUGGUAGUAACCACAACCUUAGCAAAACAUCCACCGAGGUUAGGUUGGCACGUUGAAACAGCACAAUGACUGAGAAGGCGCAAAACCCCAUGAAGGAGCUUCGUAUUGCGAAGCUCGUCCUCAACAUCUCUUUGGGUGAGUCCGGUGAUCGUUUGACCCGUGCCGCUAAGGUUUUGGAGCAACUUUCCGGUCAAACGCCUGUCUUCUCCAAGGCUCGCUACACCAUUCGUCGUUUCGGUAUCCGCCGUAAUGAAAAGAUUGCCGUUCACGUCACCGUCCGUGGCCCCAAGGCCGAGGAGAUUUUGGAGCGUGGACUUAAGGUCAAGGAGUUCGAGCUCAAGAGAAGAAACUUCUCUGCUACUGGCAACUUCGGCUUCGGUAUCCAAGAGCAUAUUGACUUGGGUAUCAAGUACGACCCCUCUAUCGGUAUUUACGGUAUGGACUUCUACGUCGUCAUGGACCGCCCCGGUAUGCGUGUUGCUCGCCGCAAGGCUCAACGCUCUCGCAUUGGUGCCCCUCACAAGAUUAACGCUGAGGACACCAUCCAAUGGUUCAAGCAAAAGUACGAUGCCAUUGUCCUCAACAAGUAAUAAUAAGAAACGAGAUGCGAGGAUGUCUUCACAACCA